AUGACGCCAGAUCUUCGGAUGAUGGAGAGAAACCAAGGUUUUAACUUCAAGCUGUUGGUGCCCCCCAGGUUGAAUAAUGGACAGGUAUGUGCUGUUAGACCUCAGGAAAUUGUUGAGAGUUGUGGUGACUUCAUGAAUACAUUUCAGCAGGGUUACAGUAGGUGUUUUGACAAAGGACAAAACAUGCCUUUCCCAAAUACAAGCCUGGUCACACCAACUAAACCAAUCAGACAAGACUUUCCCAAUAUGAAAGUUGUGCCACCAAUGGAAAAAGACGAGAAUAAUUGCAAUCCUGGACAGCUUUGUUCCAAGCUCUUUGAGGAAGUUGAGAAAAUGAAGUGUUGGAAGGUCAAAGUUGACUCUGACACUGUGCAAAAGGAGAGAAGACUCCAAGAAAACAAAAGGACAAUAGAAACUCAGCGCAAAGCCAUUCAAGAGUUACAGUUUGGAAAUGAAAAUCUCAGCAUAAAGCUGGAGGAACAAAUAAGUGAAAAUGAGGAUUUGAGGAACAAAAACAAUGCAACCAGGAACUUGUGUAAUAUACUGAAAGACACUUGUCAGCGGUCAGCUAAGAAUAUGCAGCUGUUUGAAUCUGAAAGAGAGGAAACACAUCACCUGGUUAUGGAAAAUAGUGAGAGCAUUCAGAAACUGAUUGCAGCAUUCGAAAGCCUUCGUAUUCUAGCAGAAGCUGAUCAACAAGAGAUGCAGAAAGUGAAAGAGGGCUUGCUGCAAUUUGAAGAGCUAAAAGAGAAAUAUUGUCAAGAAUAUGCCAUGAAGGAGGAAGAGGUGGCUGGGCUUCAGAUAAAGCUUAAGAAUACGGAAAGUGGACUAGAGAAAGUCCUGCUUGACCUCCAUGAAACCCAAAAGCAUUGCAAACAACUCCAAGAGACAACAAAUCAACAAAAUGAACUUCUCAAAAGCUCAAAAGCUGAACAGGAAUCCCUUCUUCAACAACUGCACACUGCUGAGCAGAGCUAUGAAGAAACUCAGAAAAAUCGUGAAGCUAUUGCUGCAGCCCUGGAACAAAGUAAAGAAGAAUAUGCACAGAUCAUCCAAAGCAAAGACUUAAGCUUGCAGGAGCUCAGCAGAGUUAAAAAUCAACAAGCAGAGAAGCUGGAGCAGAUUCAGACAACCAUUAAAGAGCUACAGGAUUCAUUAGCCCUAGAGAUACAGAGGGCCAAAGAACUGGAGGAUAAACUAAUGGCAAAAAACAACGAACUUGAAAGGAGAAACACACUUUUACGAGAGACCAUGGACCAGAGUGCAAAGAAAGAUGGGCAGAUCAAAAUCCUUGGAGAUGAACUGGACAUCAAAUUAAAAUCCAUUGAGUCCAUGAAGGGUAAGAUUGAUGUAACUGAAGUCAGAGUGGAGGAACUCACAACAAAGCUUUCAAAGAGAACCGAAGAGGUCAAACUAUUUAAGAAUGAAGCAGAGAUGGCCUUUGCUCGAAAUGAUCUACUUAAGAAGGCUUGUGAAGCUGCUGAAAAGGCAAAAGAAGAUUUAAAGGAGAAGUCAACUGAGACAGAGAUCAAAGUGCAGGAGCUAGAGGCAGAGUUGUUUACUGAAAUAAAGAAAAAUAAAGAACACACCUUUCAAAUGGAGCAACUGAGGAAUGACAUUACACUGCAUAAAGUAAAGUAUGAAGAGCUAUUAUCCAACUUUAAUGAGCUUCAGUCUGAGAAGAUGGCCAUUCAACAGCAGUUUGAGAGUGAAUCCUCUAGUGUGAAAGCUGUUGAGGCAAAUAUGAAGGUGAGCGAGGAGAAGACUGUGAAGCUCACAAGAGAAAUUCAUAGACUCAAAGAAGAAAACCAAUGUUUACGAGAGGAAGCAAACUCCAUUAAAACCAAAAUCCAAGAGAAAUGUCAAGAAACUGAGACUCUGCACAAGAAAAUGGAAGAAAAUUAUGAACAUCUGCAGGAGAAAAUUACAGAAAAAGAAAAACAGAUCAAAGCUGUUGAAACAAAGGUAAUUAAAAAAAAAACACAAAUAAAAAUGCUUUCACUUGUAUAUUUUCAGAAUAAAAUACUGAAGAAACAAAUAACAAAGGAGAUUGCAAAAUCCAGUCAACUUGAAAAUGUGAUCAGCAGUCUUCAUGAUGAGUCCCAGAACCUUGAAAAACUGAAUGAGGAAAUCCAUCAGAAAUUGCUCAAGGAUCUUGAGUACAAAUCCACCUUUGCAGCAGAACUUGAGAAUGAGGUACAAAAGAUCAAAUUAACAGCAGCAGAGGCCAUCAAGAACAAGGAAGAUGCAGAACUUAAGUGUCAACACAAGAUAGCGGAUAUGAUUGCACUGAUGGAGAAACACAAGAGCCAGUAUGACCGGAUCGUUGAAGAAAAGGAUGCAGAGCUUGAUGAGAACAAGAAGAAAGAGAAGGAGGCUGUGUCCCAGAGGAAAUCACUGGAGUUGGAUCUUUCAAAACAUAAGACUGAAAAUGAGCAGUUGAAGAAACAGCUGAAGACUGAAACAACAAAGAAGGAAAACCUGCAGAAGGAGCUAACUGAUUUGAAGAAAGAAAUGUCAUCAAUGGAAAUCACUCAGGUGUCAGAAGCAGAGAACAAGCAGUCACCUGCCUCAAACUAUAAACAAGGACGAUGUUCAGAGACUCCAAAAGACAGUGCUUCAAAGAGACGCAUAUUUGAAUUCUCCAAGACCAGGAAAACUCCCUCCUACUGCAAAGAUAAUGGAAGUGCUGCAGUUAUGAAGAAUGCUGAAUCUGACACUGAAUCCCUCAGAAAGUCAUGUGGAACAACACCAAAGAACAAGGAUGCUCACACUGAAGACCUGAAAACCCCGAGUAUGACAAACAGGGUUGGCGGAACAUCAAAGAUCAAAUCCUACAGGAUAAGGACACCACCUUCCGCUGAAAAAGCAGCACACUGGGGGAAGAGCACCUUUGAGUUUGACCCCAAGUCUGACAGCUCUGAUCAAAAUGAUCUAUUGAUCCAGAGCCCUGUCACUAAAUCACCAGGGAGCUUGUUGAAGCUAGCUGCAAUGAAAAGGAUGAGAGAUGCUUGUUGGACCGCAGUGACAGGUGGUGACAAGAAAAGGAAGAAAAACAAUGAGAAGAUCUUUGCAUAAGUAGUGCUGUUACAGGUCAGA